AUAGGAAGGGAUAUAAUUGAGUCGGGAUCAGAUUUGCCGAAGGGAGAGCGGGGGAGGGUCUUGUAGGCAUAUCUAAAAGUUGAGUAGCAGUGGUCCAAUGUUUUCCCAGCGUGAGUACUACAGUCAAUGUGUUGGUAGAACUUCAGUAGCCUUUUCCUCAGAUUCAUUUUUUUUUCAUCCCCAGCUACAAUAAAUGUGUCCUCGGGAUAUGUGGUUUCCAGUUUGCAUGAAGUCCAGUGUAGUUCUUUGAGGGCCAUCGUGGUAUCGGCUUGAGGGGGAGUAUACUUGGCUGUGACUAUAACUGAAGAAAAUUCUCUUGGGAGGUAAUAUGGUGGGCAUUUCAUUAUGAGGUAUUCUUGGUCGGGUGAACUAAAGGACUUGAGUUUCUGUAUGUUAUCACAAUCACACCAUGAGUAGUUAAUCAUGAAACAUACACCCCCACCUUUCUUUUUCACAGAGAGUUCUUUAUUCCUGUCUGCGCGAUGUACUGAGAACACAGCUGGCUGUAUGGACAGGGACAGUAUAUCCCGAGAGAGCCAUGUUUCCGUGAAACAGAGUAUGUUACAAUCCCUGAUGCCUCUCUGGAAGGAGAUCCUCGCCCUGAGCUCGUCUACUUUAUUACCCAGAGACUGAACAUUAGCCAGUAAUAUACUCAGAAGCGGUGGAUGGAGUGCACGCCUCCUGAUUCGGACUAGAAGUCCACUCCGCAUACCUCUUCUCCGCCGGUGGUGUUUUGGAGCAGCCUCUGGAAUAAGUUAAAUUGCCCUGGGGGGGUACAAACAAAAGGUCCAAUUCUGGUCGUAAUGCUGGUGAGUUACCAGUGCUCUGAUGUCCAAAAUGUUAUUUCCGGCUGUGUGUAAUAACACAAAAAAAAUCAGGGCUAAUAAUGUAAGAAAUAACACACCAAAAAACAAAAUACUGCAAAGUUUCUUAGGAGCUAGAAGCAGAGCUGCCAUAUCUGUCAGCGCCAUCUUACUACUGUCCAAUGGUUGUUUCCUCGUCUCCGCUGCCACUUGCCUCCGCCGCGCUAUUCUUUCAUUUAAUUUCAGCUCACCAGGCUUGGGUCUGACCAGAAAUUAAUUUCAAGUUCUGCUUCUGAUGAGAACUCUAAACUGCAAUUCGGGUCUCGUGUGCAGUCUGGCAGUGUCAAUUAUGCAUGUGGUUUGAAUUUACGGCGACUUUGUGUGAAGUAAAUACGCUAGGCUAAAGGCUACUAUGCAACCACCAGUUUGUAUAAUGUGAUAUAAUUUUUUUUUGCCAAUCUACUGCUGCUCAUGUUGUGUAUUUCUUUGAAUUGCGUUAGUGCGACAUUGGCUUAAAAUGUCAUAAUUUCCCAGGUCUUUUUUAUUUAAAAAAAUGUGGGAAUUGUGAAUAGUGGUCACGGGACAGUCCCGGAUCCCGGUUACCGAUAUUAAUCCCUAAUUUGUAUCUCUUCUCUGAAUGGAACCCUCUGAUCUCAUAUAAUUCUGGUUUCCCAGGGAACAAGGAAACAAUGAAACAAAGUAUUUGAAGCAUGCAACAUUUUAGUACUUCAAGAACUCUAAACAGAAUUGUACACAAAAUUGUAGACGGGGGAAAUCGAAUGGACUUUCUUGUGAAGAAGAUUCAAGAGUUGGAUAUCUCCAGGUAUCAUAUGAGGGGACACUAUAGGAAACUUGACUCUCCAAAGAAUGAUCCCACAGAUGACUUUGCUGAUAACACUAGGGCUGCAGAGAGAGGUUGUGAUAGUCUCACAGACUGCCUGAAGGUGCAGUCAAAGACCAUAGAGACAACCCCCUCCAGACUUAACCCCAGCAUCUCAGACCUCCUGUCCAGGCUGGGCACCACCAGCUCGGGCCACGGCCAGCACCCCGCCAGCAGCCCCUCCGACCACCACCUCCACUACGACGUCAUGGUCCACAGCUACUCCCUCAACCCAGCCACUCCAAUCCCGGUAGGGUCCAACAACUCGACUGGUGCCGACCCUCAUCCCCGGCCGCCACAGACCAUGCACUGCCACCACACCUCCGACUCCCAGAGAUCAAUGUGCGGCGAACUGGAUCCUCUCUUCAUCCGCAAGGUCACGGCUGCAGAACUAGUCUGUGGGGAGAGGAAGUACAAGUGCUCAGGCUGCCUGAGGUACUACGAUUACCUGGGGACCCUCCUGGGUCACAUUGACCAGGGCUGGAGGGAGGGCUUCAGCUGCAGGGUGUUCUACAGGAAGCUGAAGAGCAUGCAGGACCGCAGGCCCAUGAUCAUGAUGAGUUGCCAGAGCAGGGAGUCUCUUGCCAUGGAUAACGACCCUAAGCCCUCCAGCUCCUCCACCACAUACCUGGGGUCGGCCUCGCUGGCUCUGGCACCCCAGCCCACCGACAGCGUUGGGAGGAAGGGUCUUGAGACGAGCGAUAAGAAGGGAGACAUGAUCCAAAAGUGGCUGCAGAAGACAGAAGUGACAGCAUCACUUCACUGAGGCAGUUUUGUAUGAGUUGGUUGGAGAAUGUGUGUACUGUAGUAUUGUUGCUGGGU